AUGCAUUUCUCUGCCAUAAUCUCGUUGACAUUUGGGCUUGCUGGCAUAGUUCCAGCUGUCCUUGCAAUCCCACAAUCUCCUGGAUGCAAUUCACGAUCAUCAUGUACCUCCAACAAUGAGUGUGCUUCCGGCGUGUGUCGAAAUGAGAUAUGUGUUGAAGUGGGAGAUCCUGAAUCUCAGGUACAUCUCGUGAAGCGUGUGUUGCCCGAGAAAACUUCUGACAAGUGUGCUGGCGGGGAUUGUGGUGCCUCGACCUCUGGAGAAGGUGGUGCAGCUGGAGGAUCCCAGUUAAUCAGUGAAUGGAAACUUCCCGGCUUCCCCAGCCAUGACUUGAGUGGCUUUAAUGUUGUUCAUGAUAAGUUUGGCAAACAAAACCGCAAGUUUAUCAAGGAUCCCGCUGGUGAAAAUACAGUCUUGCAAGUAAUUUACCCUGCUGGAAGCUAUGCCCCUGGUGCAAAACCUGUUGGUGGAACUGGGUUCAUGGCUCAGCCAAUAAAUCUUAAAGGAGCAAGAGUCGUCGCGUUUGGAUAUGAUGUAUUUUUCCCAGCUGGGUUCAAUUUUGUCAAAGGUGGCAAGUUGCCCGGUAUGUACGGUGGAGGUCCUGAAACUACUGGUCGUGAUUCAAAGGGAUUCUUUUCGUCUCGAUUCAUGUUUAGGACCGGGGGUGAAGGUGAAGCUCACUUGGAUGUCCCUCUUGAUAAACAAGUACCUGGAUUCUGCAAAAUACCACCUAAAAGUGUCUGUAACCCAUCCUUUGGUGCAUCUAUUGGCCGUGGAGCAUGGAAAUUUCCCACAGGCGAAUGGGUCACUCUCAGCCAAUCUAUCGCCCUUAAUACUGUAGGCAAGAAUGAUGGGUCUGUCAUAGUAAAAGUCAAUGGCAAGGUCGUGAUUGAGUUCCAUGAGAUUACAUGGAUAACAGAUUCUAGCUCUGGAUUCCUUGGGCUUGCAUUCGAGACAUUCUUUGGUGGAGGCUCGAAGGAUUGGGCAACACCUAUUGAGCAGCACACCCUAUACAAAAACUUUUUCAUUCAAAUUGUUGACCAAUUAUAA